AUGGUCGAUGCUCUGGAUGAGGCCGAGUCCUUUAUUCAUGCCACCGAAAUUUUUUCCGUCCCCAAGGAAUCUAAGGGAACAAUGAUUGCAGACCAUCCCCAGCGCAAAGACAAGGCAGACAAAAAGACCAACCGUCCUAAUGGGACGUGGGCCAUUGAAAAGAAGGGAUAUCAGGCAAACACCUCCCAGGGGCAGAAGAGAGGACGGCCAUACGACAAAGAGAGGUUUGAGUACAACACCGACUUGUACACAAUACUGCUGGACGUCAGUGACAGAUAUAAGAUUGAUCGUCCGUUCCCCAUGAAGUCGCCGGUAGAAACCCGGGACAGCUCCCUAUAUUGUAAGUUCCAUUGUGAUGUGGGACAUGAAACUAAAGAUUGCAAGAGUCUGCGUAGAGCUCUUGAUGGAUUAGCCGCCAAAGGAUUUCUGAAAUCAUAUCUCAGCUCGAGCACAGGGGGAAGUGGUAAAAAGUUCUACAAGAAAAGUAAGUCGUCGUCAUAUCGACGUGAUGACAAUGAAACUGAUCCAGAAAUCGUAGCCGUUAUCUCAGGGGGCCUAGCUGCUGGGGGCCCAACAAUGAGAGGACAAAAGGACUAUGCAAGCCGGUUGGGGCAAGUCAUGUUAUCUGGAAAAGCUCCAAUGGACCACUUCCCUAAAGUGGAGAUUUGUGAAUCUGAUAAGGGCAAGAUAGCCACUCCUCAUGACGACCCCUUGGUUAUUGAGCUAAAGGUAGCAAACCUCAAAGUCAGGCGUAUUUUAGUAGACACGGGGAGUUCGUCAGACAUUAUCAGCACAACUUGUCUAAAUCGUCUUGAGCAUGAUCCUAAGACAAUUGAAAAGAUACAUUAUCCGAUCUUUGGAUUCGGAGGCGGCAUAAUUCAUCCCCGAGGGAUAAUCACUCUGCCCCUACGAGUAGGAGGCCGGCAUCAAAGUAAGAACUUGAAUGUCCGAUUUCUAAUUGUGAAAGACCUCACCGCUUACAAUAUCAUAUUGGGCCGCCCAACUUUGAAUCAGGCCAAAGCAGUGGUCGUCACUCAUCUUAUGCUCAUGAAAUAUGUCUGUGAUAAAGGCCAGGUCGACACUAUUCAUGGUGAUCAACAGCUAGCAAGAGUUUUUUAUCUCACUACGCUAAGUCCCGAGGCUUGGGGGAAAACUGACGAAGCGAGAGCAAGCUCAAAAAGAAAGCUAGAUGAGAUAGAGGAGAAAGUCAAGAAAGAAACCUUUACCAUUGCCACGGCUCACAUGGAAGCAAGACGACCUGAGCCGGUUGGUGGGCAUUAUGAAAUAAUUCUUGAUAAAGCGCGUCCAGAUAGGACGGUGCCAGUAGGGGUCUCUCCUGACGAUCAGCUUGGGGCACAUUUGGUCACUCUCCUGAGAGAGUUCCCGGACAUCUUUGCUUUUGCUGUGGAGGAGAUGUCGGGCAUUGAUCCAAGUAUAGCCGUCCACAAACUCAACGGAGAUGAGUCCUUAAAACCUGUUCGUCAGAAGAAGAGAAAUCAUGGGGAAGCAAGAAACAAAGCCGCGGCUGAAGAAGUUCGAAAGUUGUUAGAGGUUGGGUUCAUUCGGCCAAGUCAAUAUCCGGAUUGGGUAGCAAAUGUAGUGUUGGUGCCAAAGCCUAAUAAGUCAUGGAGAAUGUGUGUGGAUUACACGGAUUUAAACAAGGCCUGUCCAAAAGACAGCUUCCCUCUGCCCAAAAUAGAUCGGUUGGUAGACUCGACGGCCGGUCAUGCUAUGAUGUCCUUCAUGGACGCCUAUUCAGGUUUUCAUCAGAUUCCUUUGUGGCCAGAGGACCAGGAAAAAACGUCAUUUGUUACUGAGCAAGGCUUGUACUGCUAUAAAGUGAUGCCGUUUGGCUUAAAGAAUGCGCCGGCCACAUUUCAGCGUCUAGUCAACACUAUCUUCUCUAAUCAGUUGGGACGAAACAUUAAAGCCUACAUUGAUGAUAUGAUAGUAAAAAGCAAGCAACGUGAAGAACGCCUGGCUGACUUGAGAGAAACUUUUGAGACGCUCCGAAAAUAUCAGAUGAGGUUAAAUCCAAAGAAGUGUGUUUUUGGAGUAAAGACUGGGAAGUUCUUGGGUUUCCUUAUUGAUGAAAGGGGAAUUGAGGCCAACCCUGACAAAGUGCAAGCAGUAAUAGAUAUGACGUCGCCAAAAUCAGUGAAAGAAGUCCAACGUCUACCUGGAUGUCUAGCGGCCCUGGGACGGUUCUUAUCAAGAGCAGGUGACAAGUGUCACUAUUUCUUCGGAACAAUCAAGAAGAAGAGCAAAUUUGAAUGUUCCGAAUCGGCAAAAACAACAUUCGUCCGGUUAAAGGAACAUCUCCACACCUUACCUCGGCGGGUCAGUCCUCUUCAAGGAGAAACUUUGUAUGUCUAUCUGGCCAUCUCCGAGUGGUCCUUGAGUGCUGUGUUGUUGACAGAAAGGGAGGGAGUGCAACUCCCCGUCUAUUUUGUGAGCCAUGUCCUGCAAAAUGCCGAGCUGAGAUAUCCUCCAAUUGAGAAGUUUGCACUUGCGCUAUUUAUGGCAAGUAAAAAGCUGCGUCCUUACUUUCUGGCACACAAACUAGUGGUAUACACAGACCAGCCAUUGAAACAACCGCUUACUAAGCUAGACGCUGCCGGACGAAUGCUAAAAUGGGCAAUUGAGCUGAAUGCAUUUGACAUCUCAUAUGAGCCGCGAAAGGCUAUCAAGGGACAAGCAUUUGUCGAUUUCAUUGCAGAAAUGACGAGGCCUACUUUUGAGAAGAACGUGGCGACCCGUUGGACUGUAUAUGUAGAUGGGUCGUCCACCUAG